AUGUGCAAUAGGGUGCUUCGGAGAAGAGCUGGGACGGAAGUUGAGUGGAAAUCAAGAAGAAUAAAAGACUACUUUGCAAAAGAAAAGAGCUCUGUGCAGAAAUUGUCCAUACUUUCGUCUUCUGAAUUUCCUCUCAACUUCCGCACCAGCCCAUCUCUGAAGAACCCUUAUCCGUACCACAUGUUACGCAUUGUCAGGUCUUCAUCGUGCCGCUCUCACAGUUGCGGCGCCGUCGAGCAUUCCUCCUUCACAAAGAUGUCCGACGCCAAAGAUCCCGUUCCCGCCGAGAUCGUUGCCACCGACGGCGAGGUGGCCGCGUCCGACGACGUUGAGGAGUGCGAGUCCGUGCCCUCGAGGAGCGUCGCCGCCAAAGACAACGUCUCUGAGGAGGAGUCGGACCAGGAGGGAGCCGUCGCCGUCCCUUUCAGCAGCUCAGCCGAUCAGGAUGCCGAGUUCUGCGCCGUGUGCUACAAGCCGGCCAGCCUGCGUUGCCAGCGCUGCGGGGACGAGACCUACUGCUGCGAGUCCCACUUCAAGGACGACCGACAGAGACACCGCCGGUGGUGUGUGCCCCGCACCAACCCGGACGAGGACCCUGAGGACCUCCCCGACGUCGUGCAGGACGCGCCCAUCCUGGCGCUGAGCUUGGAGGUGUUGCUGGGCAUCUGCGGCCGCCUGCCCGCCAUGGACCUGGUGCGGCUGGGCCAGACGUGCCGCACGCUGCGGGCAGUGUGCCGCGACCCGCACGCCUGGAGUCACGUGACCUGGGAGGGCGGUUACCUCGGCGACGGCGUCCUCAAGGUGGCGCCCGCACUGCUCGCCAUCCACGUGAACGAGUCGUCGCUGGACGAGCCCGACGUGAACCUGCUGCGCUGCACUCACCUCGUAAAGGAGUUCCACCUGGAGUGGGACGCGCUCGAGCAGGAGCCGUUCGACGUGGACCGCAUCAUUCCCCUGCUGAGGCACUACCAUCCCCACCUGGAGGUCGUGAAACUGGGGUGUCUCAACAAGUUCAUGAGAGAUGUGGAAACCGACGACAUGAGGCUGCUUCGGUACAUAGAUGGCCUCGACAUCAAGGAGCUGUACAUCAAGCGCAGGCUGGCGAAGGUCUACCCGGGGAGCUCGCAAGUCAUCACCAGCUUGUGCUGGGGCACUGAAGUGAGCGAGGAUGUGCUGGCGGACUUCGUCUUCAACUGCCGUGAGACGCUUACCAGCUUCUACCUUGACGCCUACUACAUGAAGUACAACGACUGGGCGUACCCGCCGCACGUCUCCGUGAUGCGCGCGCUGAUGCAGUGCCCAAAGCUGCAGGAGGCCUGGGUGCCGGUGUGGGACGGCAGCCUGUCCAUGCUGCGCUCCUGGCCCGAGCUGCACACGCUGCGACUCUACGUGUGCCCGUCCAUCGACCACCGCGCCGCCAGGAAGAACCUCCUGGCCGCCCCCGCCGCCAAGACCCUCCAGUCCCUGUACCUGGCGAUGGAGGGCGGCUUCCGCGGGGACCGCAAGUUCCUGGCCGCCGUGGCCGAGGCCUGCAGCGGCCUGCGCCAGCUGGAGCUGCAGUACGCGUACGUGGACAGCCGCUGGCGCGGCGACCCCAAGGACAUCCCCGAGGACCUGCACGUGAUCCUCGGCCCCCUCCUUUGCCUGGAGGAGCUGCACCUCGGCGAGACCACGGUCCCGGAGUCGUUCUUGCGGGGCCUGGCCCAAGGCGCGCUCCCCAGGCUGCGGAGCUUGUCCCUCACGGAGUGCGAGGAGGCACCAGAAGGGUGCGACGCUCGGGCCCAGCUUCGGCUUCUGCGCCCAGACCUGAGCCUCUGCGAGUAGACUGUGGCGAUGCGCGAGCCCGAUGGAGACUGCGGCCUUCGACAGCUGACAGCCCUGAAGUGCCGGCCCUGACUUCGCGGAUACCACACCACUCUCAUGAACGGACCGACCCCAUGUACUGAGUCAAGAAGUGUGAACGAUUGAUUAUGACAAGGUUGAAUCCAUUCGGAACCGCAGGGUGGAUUUAAGAUGUAUUUUUAUUUCGUGAUUAUUAAUACGGUUUCUUAAUUCGGUGGAUUAGAAAGUAAACAUGAGAACGAUCAGAUUUGGAAAUCGAUAUUUAUUAUUGUAGUCAGGUUUAGUUCGACGACAUACCUUUGUAGUCUUUCGUUUUCUUCAAGGUAGCCUUGUAAAUAUACACUGUAAUUCUUUGCAGCCCGGAU